AUGCAGCUCACAUCCACCGCCGCCACCAUCAUCUCCCUCCUAAUGGCCACCAGCGCCGACGCGGCGGCCCUCCUCAGGCGCGACGACGCCCACGUCGCCGACUUCCGGUCCUUCGGCAAGGAAGGCUGCGGCGCCGACAACCAGGGCAUCUGGACCGUGACCGAGUCGCAGCUCACGGGGUGCCAGACCUUCGCGUCGGCGUCGGGGUCCGACGAGCCCGUCAUGUCAGUUGAGCUGGUUGAUAUCACUGAGGGGUGCCAUUUGUUGGUCUACCCUGACGAUACUUGUUACCAGAUCCCUGUGGAGGUGGCAGUGGGAGAGUGCAAGUCGGUGGUGGCGGAGUUCAGGUCCUACCUGAUUACCUGCUAG